UAUGUUCGAUUUCACUUUGAUUUCCCCGGUGCUGCUGGACAUUCUCGGCAUGACCAUGGGCAGCACGUUAGCGAAGUGUGCCAUCACUGAUCUGGGCAUUCAGUGGGUUGGGUGGGCGGUCGCCUCGACAUUCAAAACCGAAAAGUUUUACGAUUUAGCAGGGUCUGGCACAUUUGUUGCGUUGGCUCACCUGAGUCGCAUCUGGGGAGGGACUGGAUACCAGCGACAGAACAUACAGACAGGACUGGUCACAGCAUGGGGACUGAGGCUUGGAACCUUCCUCUUCCUGAGAAUUCUGAAAGACGGACAAGAUCGCAGGUUCAACGGUGUCAGAGACAGCCCUGGGACAUUUUUUGUGUACUGGACUGUGCAAGCUCUCUGGGUCUUCAUCACCCUGCUGCCCACACUCAUCCUGAACAGUGAGAAGCACGAUGUGCCCCUUGGGGCGACCGACUACAUUGGCUGGGGUAUGUGGGGGCUUGGGUUUGCCACAGAAGCCAUUGCAGACCAGCAGAAGUGGAGCUUCAAACGAGAUCCUGAUAAUACUGGCAAGUUCAUCCAGAGUGGCCUGUGGGCCUACAGCCGCCACCCAAACUACUUUGGUGAAAUCCUCCAGUGGUCUGGUCUGUUUCUAUCUGCGUCGUCAGUCAUGCGCGGGCCCCAGUACUUGAGUGUGGUGUCUCCCCUGUUCCUCUGGUUCCUGCUGCGCUACGUCAGUGGGAUUCCCAUGCUGGAGAAACAGGCCAUGAAGAAGUGGGGUUCUGAUGUCGCCUACCAGAACUACAUUCAGAACACUCCCCUCCUCUGGCCCUGGCCAAGGUUCUAGAAGAGACAUUCCUAAUUCCUAUGGGUACAAGUGUGAUAACCAGUGUUAAUCCCUUUUCUGUAUGCUACAUUUUACACACUAAUUCUGAAGGACAAUGACACUUGAAAACUUGUAUGUUUCGCAGCACCAAGACACGCUUUCUCCUAUAUGAUUUCUGUAAAACAAUGAAGUCGUUACACAAAACUGAAGUGUCUUGAGGUGGUGAGCAAGAAGUCUAAUGCAAGUUCAUUGCUGCUAAAACAGCAGCUUGUGCGAUAAUGUACAUAACAUGCUCUACUGUUGAUGCCAACCAUGGUGUAAUAUCAGAUUCUCAUGAAGGAAAUAAACACAGAUAUCUA